AUGCUCGUCACUUUUAUUCGCCAUGGGGAAUCCACCGAUAAUCUCCGUCCCGUGUGGGCUGGAUGGCUAGAUGCUCCACUUUCUAAUCAUGGCAUGAACCAAGCACGCGCACUCGGAGAACAUUGGGCUACGACUCCAAUCACUGCAGUCUACUGUUCAGAUCUCAAACGAGCACACACUACCGCCCAGCAACUCGUCGCACCCCGCAAUGCCGCCACCGCCUCGGAGCUCGCACCAGGCGUUGUGCCCAUCACGCUUGUCGUCAAUCCACUCCUCCGCGAGCAAAACUUUGGCGUCGCGGAGAACAAACCCUGGGCGGCUCACAAGCCAACAUCCGCACACGAGACAGAGGAAGAGGUUUAUUACUCUAUCUAUACCCGCCACGAAAAGUUUCCAGAGGGCGAAUCCCUCGAUGAUCUAGCUGAACGUGCAGAAAAAGCCCUCGACGAGACGGUGUGGCCCCAUGUGCAGCAAAUCCUGGAUGACAAGGGUCCGGGACUCGGAAAGGACAAUCACAUUGUCAUUGUCAGCCAUGGACUCGCCAUUUCCGAGCUUGUCGCUGCCCUUCUCCGUCGAAGCCCCAUCCCACCACCAAUCGGAGUAUCGUACAGAGGGCUCCAGAACACCGCAUGGACGCAGCUAGAGAUCACCAUCGAACACCGUCCGCCACCAAACGAAGCAGAGAAAGAAGUCUCGAGCAUCCACCUCGUCUCUGCCAAUAACCAUCCGCAUCUUGCUCGCGUGAAAAGACAAGCAGGAGGCAUCGGCAGUGCCGCACACGAUGAGAAACAAACGAGCAUUCGUGACUUUUUUGGUGGAGCAACUACAACGAGCCAAAGCUCUUCUUCUCUAUAA